AUGGCGCAUAACGGCCGUGACUCGGAGAAGGAUGCCGAGAGGGCACUCGAGAAUAGUACAGAGCAGCCAGAGCCAGAGCUAGUAAAUCGCGAUGAGCCAGAACAGUACUUGCAAGUGCCUCGGCCGGCUCUGCGGACACUUGGUAGAGGAAAGAGCCAGGACGGCACAUUGGAGAAGGUUGUGUCUGCCAGAUCGAUAGCGACGACUGCUACAGGCACGAGUUUCGUCGAAAGCAAAGCCGAGCAACCGAAGCGGCCAUGGCAUCGGAGACUGAAUCCUCUCAGACGUGGCAAAGUACCGCCAAUACCGAAGGAGAGACAAGUCUCGAGAGAAUACAAUGCUGGGUUCUUCAGUUUGCUCACAUUCCAGUGGAUCCAUCCACUGAUGACGGUCGGGUACAAGCGUACGCUUGAGGUCAACGAUAUCUGGACUGUGAAUCCGGAACGAUCUUCGGAGGUCCUCAUGUCCAGGCUGAUGUCCUCUUUCAAACGGAGAGCGUCCAGAGGGGAGCGAAAUCCUUUGCUCUGGGCAUUAUACGAUGCGCACCGGAAAGAAUUCCUGCUAGGAGCCUUCUGCGCUCUGUUCUCGUCACUUUUUCAGGUCUUUUCGCCAUUCACUACCAGGUAUUUAAUAGCCUAUGCUCAGCAGGCAUGGCUCGCCGACAAGACUGGCUCACCUGAGCCGAAUGUUGGCCACGGCAUUGGCUGGCGAUUGGCAUCACCUUCAUGCAGGUCUGUCAAAGUACAGCCACCAAUCAAUUCAUUUACCGAGAAAUCACUGAAGUUGUCUGGUCGUGCAAAAGCUGGUGGGAAAGCACUCGAUCACGAGCAGACUCAGAAUGGUAUCGCUGAACUUGAGGCGCUGUCGAAGAAGUCGGUUCAUCGACCAGCGUUGCAGCGAGCAAUCUCUGGCGUGUUGCACCCCAAGACUGGACCAAAGGCUACGCCAGACAAGGGUACCGGAGUAUCUGGCGACGGAACCGGAUGGAACAACGGCAAGAUCGUGAACUUGAUGAGCGUCGACACGUAUCGCGUUGAUCAAGCCUCUGGCAUGUUUCAUCUGGUCUGGACAUCGCCGAUCCAGAUCGCCGUCGUUUUGGUCGUACUGUGCAUCAACCUUGGAUAUAGUGCGCUUUCCGGCUAUGCAUUGAUAGUGAUUUGCGUUCCGGCAUUGACCAAGACGAUCAAGAUUUUGUUUCGGCGGAGAAAGAAGAUCAACAGAGUAACCGACCAAAGAGUCAGCUUGACACAGGAAAUCCUCGCAUCUGUGAGGUUUGUCAAAUUCUUUGGAUGGGAAACGAGCUUCCUGGAGCGACUAAAGGAAUUGCGUAAGCGUGAGAUCCGCAUGAUCCAGGUGUUGCUGAGUAUCCGCAAUGCAAUUAACGCCCUGGCGAUGGCAAUGCCGGUCACCGAUGCCUCCGCAUCCAUGGGCAGGAUACAAGAGUUCUUGCUGGAGGAAGAGCAAGGUGAUGAGGUCAUAUGGGAUGAUGACAUGGAGCCGGCUGUGCAAGUUGACGAUGCGUCUUUCACCUGGGAAAGGACAGCAACGGUCGAUAAAGACAAAGUCGCAACCUUCCAGACCAGGAAAGACCUCAAAGACGCUAAAGCAGCCAAAGAAGCUGCAAAGAAAGCCGCUAAAAAGGAAGGAAAGGAGAAGCGCAUGAGCAUAAAGAAGGGCGAGAAGCCUGUCGACAGUGAUGCAUCCAGUGAGACGACAGCCACUGAGCCGUUCAGAAUACACGACAUCGAGCUUAGUGUAGGGCGGAAGGAGCUGAUUGCUGUAAUCGGUACAGUGGGAAGUGGCAAGACAUCGCUCCUGGCGGCUUUGGCAGGGGACAUGAGGAAGACCGGAGGGAAGGUGCAAAUGGCUGGCAGUCGUGCCUUCUGUCCACAGUACGCCUGGAUCCAGAACACCACUCUCAAGGAGAACAUUCUGUUCGGUAAGCCAUACAACACCAAAUGGUACAAUUCAGUCAUCGAUGCGUGUGCGCUUCGGCCAGACCUCCAGAUCUUGCCUGCGGGCGAUCAGACCGAGAUCGGCGAAAGAGGAAUCACGCUUUCUGGUGGGCAAAAGCAGAGAUUGAAUAUCGCCCGUGCCAUCUACUUCGAUGCUGACAUCGUUCUCAUGGAUGAUCCGCUAUCAGCCGUUGAUGCACACGUUGGAAGACACAUCAUGGAUAAUGCCAUCUGCGGGCUCAUGAAGGAUAAGUGCCGCAUCCUAGCAACUCAUCAGCUUCACGUGCUGAACCGAUGCGAUCGGAUUGUAUGGAUGGAAGAUGGACACAUCCAAGCUGUCGACACGUACGCUAAUCUAAUGGCCAACAGUGUCGAUUUUCAGAAGCUCAUGGCCACGACUGCUCAAGAAGACGAUGCAGCAGUGAAAGCUGUGAAUCCAGAAGACCAAGAGAACAAGCCCAAAGACAGCAAAAAGAAGAAAAAGGCAGCGGCUUUGAUGCAGAAGGAAGAGAGAGCUGUCGAGUCUGUCAGCUGGGACGUCUGGGGAGCAUACAUGAAAGCCUCCGGAUCCUGGUUCAUCUGGCCGCUGAUCUUCCUCUCACUGGUUGCUUCUCAAGGUUCGAACAUUGUGACAAGUCUGUGGCUGUCGUGGUGGGUCAGCGACCACUGGGGCUGGGCAACAGGUGCUUACAUCGGGCUGUAUGCCGGUCUUGGUGUCAUCCAGGCCUUGUUGAUGUUUGCUUUCUCCACGAUUCUGUCGACAGCUGGUACCAACUCCAGUAAAACACUUCUGCACAACGCACUUACCAGUGUUUUGAGGGCACCAAUGUCCUUCUUCGAUACGACACCGUUGGGGCGGAUCACUAAUCGCUUCUCCAAAGACGUGGAUUCCAUGGACAAUAAUCUGACGGACGCGAUGAGGAUGUAUUUCCUCACGCUUGGCAUGAUCGUCUCGGUCUUUGCGCUGAUCAUUGCGUACUUUCACUUCUUCGCGGUCGCCUUAGGCCCGCUAUUCAUCUUGUUCUGCUUCGCAGCCAGUUACUAUCGAACGUCCGCAAGGGAGCUCAAGCGACAUGAAGCUGUCCUUCGGUCCUCGGUCUUUGCUCGCUUCUCGGAAUCUAUCUCUGGUGUCGCAUCAAUUCGCGCAUAUGGCAUGCAAAAGUACUUUGUCAACCGCGUCAGGGAAGCCAUGGACGACAUGAACUCGGCGUACUAUCUCACCUUUGCUAACCAGCGAUGGCUAGCCGUUAGGCUUGACGCUAUCGGCAACUUGCUGGUCCUCACGACUGCCAUUCUUGUUGUUACGGAUCGGUUUAAUGUCAACCCUAGCAUUGCUGGUCUGGUGCUAUCGUAUAUUCUCUCCAUCGUCCAGAUGAUUCAGUUCACUGUCCGGCAGCUCGCUGAGGUGGAGAACAACAUGAACGCCACGGAGCGACUGCACUAUUACGGAACGCAGCUCGAUCAGGAAGCACCACUGAAGCAGCGUGAAGUGCCUGACAGCUGGCCGCAAGCAGGUCAGAUCUCGUUCAACAACGUGGAGAUGCGGUAUCGGGCCGAAUUGCCACUCGUGCUCCGAGGACUUGACAUGCAGAUCCGUGGGGGCGAGCGGAUUGGCAUUGUAGGCCGAACAGGCGCAGGGAAAUCCAGCAUCAUGUCAGCCUUGUUCCGUCUCAACGAGUUGUCUGGAGGCUCGAUCAAGAUCGACGACAUCGAUAUCGCCACUGUUGGACUUGCCGACCUUCGAUCACGCUUGGCGAUCAUCCCGCAAGACCCAACGUUAUUCAAAGGCACAGUCCGCUCGAAUCUGGACCCAUUUGGCGAACAUUCUGAUCUCGAGCUGUGGUCAGCGUUGCGGAAAGCUGACUUGAUUGGAGACGAUUCACCACUUAGUCCGACCAAAGACGUUAGACCACAUACUGCCGAGACCGGCUUCACAUCAACGUCUGUGGUCAACUCGCCAACAGCAGGCACCGAGAAGCGCAUCCACCUCGACAGCAUCGUCGAGGAUGAAGGUCUGAACUUCUCGCUCGGCCAGCGACAGCUGAUGGCUCUCGCCCGAGCGCUAGUGCGCAACUCACAGAUUAUUGUCUGUGACGAAGCGACCUCUUCAGUCGAUUUUGAAACGGACGAGCGCAUUCAGAAGACAAUUCGAGAAGGCUUCGAGGGCAAGACACUGCUGUGUAUAGCGCACAGGCUCAAGACCAUCAUCAAUUAUGAUCGCAUUUGCGUCAUGGACCAGGGACAAAUUGCUGAGUUGGACACUCCAGUCAGCCUGUUCGAUCGUGGAGGAAUCUUCAGAGGGAUGUGCGACAAGAGUCAUAUCACGAGAGAUGACUUCUUUAGGACUUGA